GCAGCGCCAAAAGCUGCCUUCAGCCUUUGGUCGAUCACAACGCUUUCAUCCCUCCUUGUUGUGGGUUGUAGCUCGAUCGCAUUGGUGCGGGGCAACGAUCGGCCGUCAGAGAUGCAGCAGCCUGCUCGCCCUUGGGGCCAACAUGAGCAGUUUCUGCCAGCGUCUGCUUUGGAUCACCAUUUCAUGAGCAAAAGAACAUGCCGUCUGCUUCGCCAUUGCCGAAACUCUUCAGGGAAUGGCCUCCAACACUCCCGUGAAAAUCUUCAGGAGAAAACCGCUCAAGUUGCGCCACGACAACCGGGAGUUCCCAGGAAACGUUGUGCCAACUAUGUGUACCAGUGA